CCUCCAAUUUUCUCUACUUUCACAUUGACAACUUUCGGAACAUUCAUGAUGGCGGAAAAACCGUUUCAAUUUGAUCCAGAGAAGAAUUAUGAUGAGCAAACUUUGGCCCAACAGUCUGAGAUAGAAAAAGAGAUUGCAAGCAGUCAAGCAAUUAUUGGCAGUAGGAUUGGUUUUGAUGAAUUCAGUGCAGAGUAUUCGGAGGAAGAUCAAAUCUACCUUCACAAAUUACAGGAUUUAAAGAAUCGGUUCUCGUGUGUUCGCAAAGUGCGAGGGGACGGCAACUGUUUCUAUAGAGCUUUCGGUUUCCGAUACUUUGAGACACUAGUAGAAGACAAAACAGAUUUCAAAAGGUUUAAGGACAUUGCACAAAAAACAAGAGAUGACCUGGUCAAACUGGGAUUUCCAGAGUUUACAAUUGAUGACUUCCAUGAAAAUUUUAUGGAUGUAGUGAACAAAUUAGAGAGCUGUACAGUUGACGACCUUCUACAAACCUUCAAUGACCAGGGGUUAUCUGACUACCUUGUAGUAUUCCUUAGGUUGGUGGUUUCUGGACAUUUACAAAAGGAAGCUGAUUUCUUCAGUAAUUUCAUUGAAGGAGAAAGAGGAAUCAAAGAAUUCUGCAAUCAGGAAGUGGAGCCAAUGGGAAAGGAAAGUGACCACAUUCAGAUAAUCGCCCUGACAGCAGCUCUGGGGGUGCCGGUGAGGGUAGAGUACAUGGAUCGUGGGGAGGGGGACCAGUGUAACCACCAUCACUUCCCAGAGGAUUCCAACCCAGUGGUCACCCUGCUAUACCGACCCGGACACUAUGACAUCUUGUACACCUGACACACUAUGACAUCUUGUACACCUGACACACUCGGCAUCUUGUACACCUGACACACUAUGACAUCUUGUACACAUGACACAUUAUGACAUCUUGUACACCCCACACACUGUGACAUCUUGUACACAUGAUACAUUGUGACAUCAUGUACACCCCACACACUGUUACAUCGUGUACACCCCACACACUGUGACAUCGUGUACACCCCACACACUGUGACAUUGUGUACACCCCACACACUGUGACAUCUUGUACAUGUGACACACUAUGACAUCUUGUACACCUGACACACUAUGACAUCUUGUACACGUGACACACUAUGACAUCUUGUACACCCCACACACUGUGACAUCUUGUACACCUGACACACUAUGACAUCUUGUACACCUGACACACUAUGACAUCUUGUUCACACGACAUAACAUGACAUCUUAUGCACUUGACACUGGUCUGUACUUGAUAAAACACUGAGGCCAUUGCUGUCAGUGAAAAAUAUUUUUUUUUAACAAUUUUGUCAUUGAAUCUGUAAUGUGAUAUGGUAGUUAUUUUACAAUUACAUAACAAUUACAUAAGAUUUUUGUAAAGGCCAUGUGAAUAUGUGUUUACAUCUGUGUAAGAAGUACUUGUUUAUGUUCGUUUAAAUUUCACUUCUGCAUGUAUCUGUGAAUGAAUAAAUAUCAGUACACAAAUAAUAAAA